AUGCCUUUAUUGCAAUCUCUGCUAGCAGCGUCCAACUUUCGCAACCCCUUCUUGAGAAACCUCGUUCCAUCCGUUGGUCUUGCAUUCAGUAUCCAAGCAGCUGUAGCUGUGCCCUCCAUUCUCGGAGGCUCUGAGCGCUUCUACGACCUUUCUGGCUCAUUGACUUAUCUCUCAUGCACAGCCCUGAGCCUGUACCUCCCCGCCCUGCGUGCAAGAACGGCAGCAGCACUGGCAGGACAGCCAAAACCAGCAUGGCCUAGCCUUAUCAACGCUCUUCGAGGCACAGGUGGCCCUUAUGGCUUCAACUGGAGACAGGUGUUCUUGAGCGCCGCCGUAGGCUUCUGGGCUUCUCGAUUGGGCGCAUAUCUCUUCACCCGUAUUCUCUCUGACGGCGAAGAUUCCCGUUUCAGAGAUAUCCGCAACUCGCCUCCCAAGUUCGCCGUGGCUUUCUUUGCACAGGCAACUUGGGUGUCGCUCUGCUUAUUGCCCGUGCUGGCCAUCAAUUCGUUACCCGCUUCAACCUUUGCUGCUCUCGGAGGAGCCAUUUCCAUCUCAGACUUGGUUGGCAUUCUGCUCUACAUUGGGGGAAUAAGCUUCGAGGUUACUGCCGACAGACAGAAGAGCAAAUGGUCGCAGGAGAAGAAGGAGAAGAAGCACGACGAGGAUUUUCUCACCAGAGGACUAUGGAGCAAGAGCCGCCACCCAAACUACUUUGGAGAAAGCACCCUAUGGACAGGCAUUGCUACAAUGUCAGCUGGAGUUCUCGCAUCGAAGGCGGGAGUAGCUGGGAUGGGCCUGGCCAGCGGGAUGGCAGGGAAAGCAAUCGCGCUUGUCACGGCAGGGAUCAGUCCUGCGUUUGUGACCUUGCUGCUUUUCAAAGUAUCUGGGAUUCCUCUCAGCGAGGAAAAGUACGAUAAGAAGUACGGCGACCGCGCGGACUAUCGGGAGUGGAAGAGGGAAACGCCCAUGUUCUUCCCCAAGCUGUAG